AUGGCGUCAAGGUACAAUUUUAGCCACCGCCAUGCGUGGGCAAAUGUGGUAUUGUGGCUCAGCAGUCUCUCUCACGAUGCUAAGCUGCUGUCGGUAACGAUAAAGUCUUUUUCUGAUUACUUAAAACACAGUCCAGAAGCUGACGAAAUGGAUGGAAACCACGUCAAGCUCAAGUAUACGACAAGUUGGCUACACUCAGGACAUCAUUUGGAACUUACGCACAAGGAUGGACAGUAUCAAGCUUUAAUCAUGUGGGACGACAUGACGGAUGCAGCGCGCAAGGCACUGGACACUACGGACUUUUACGAUUCCAAGACACCGUUUAAUGACGUAAAUUUUGAAAAUAAUAUCGACGAGGCCUAUCCUUUCGAUAAGAACGAUGAGGCCUAG